GCGCUAGUUUAGUUAGUAUCUUCUUUCGAUCUUUUCUGAGGACACAACAGUUCCAAAAUUCGAAUCGAUUCCUGAGAUCAUUCGGACAGAAAAAAGAUUGAAUCUUUGUGAAUCUUCUCUUGAGGGGAUAAAAAAGAUGGAGUCAUUUCUAGUCCAUCAUAUAGUGAUUGUGUUGCUGUUCCUCUGGUUUCUCUCUUGGCUGGAUCGAUCUCACGGCUUUUUCUACUUCAUGUCUCUCAUUUAUCUCUACUUGGUUCAUGAACGGUAUGUGAUGAGAUUGAAGAGACAGUUACAGUUUGAAGAGAGGAAGCAAGCUAAUCAGAGAAGGGUUCUAACGGAUUCUGAAUCUGUGCGGUGGUUGAACCAUGCUGUGGAGAAGAUAUGGCCUAUAUGCAUGGAACAGAUUGCGUCUGAAAAGAUUCUUGGUCCUAUCAUCCCUUGGUUCUUGGACAAGUAUAGACCUUGGACUGCGAAAAAAGCUGUGAUUCAGCACCUUUACAUGGGGAAAAAACCGCCUCUCUUGACUGAUAUUAGAGUCCUUCGCCAAUCCAAGGGUGAUGAUCACUUGGUACUGGAACUUGGAAUGAAUUUUCUAGCAGCAGAUGAUAUGAGUGCAAUACUUGCUGUGAAACUAAGGAAAAGGCUUGGUUUUGGGAUGUGGACAAAGUUGCAUUUGACGGGAAUGCAGGUCGAAGGAAAGGUGUUGGUUGGAGUGAAGUUCCUUCGUCGAUGGCCUUUCUUGGGGCGUUUACGUGUGUGCUUUGCAGAGCCUCCUUAUUUCCAGAUGACUGUUAAACCAAUCUUUACUCACGGCCUUGAUGUCGCUGUACUUCCAGGCAUCGCAGGAUGGCUAGACAAGCUUCUUUCUAUUGCAUUUGAACAGACCCUUGUUCAGCCAAACAUGCUUGUUGUUGACAUGGAGAAAUUUGUUAGCCCAAAGCCAGAGAAUUGGUUCUUUGUUGAUGAGAAAGAACCAGUUGCGCACGUCUUGGUUGAAGUCGUUGAAGCAUCAGAUGUUAAACCAUCCGAUCUGAAUGGUUUGGCUGAUCCUUAUGUGAGAGGGAAACUUGGUGCUUACCGAUUCAAAACAGACAUAAAGAGAAAAACAUUGUCCCCAACAUGGCAAGAAGAGUUUAAGAUACCAAUAUUUACAUGGGACUCUCCAAGUAUACUCAACGUUGAAGUUAAAGACAAAGAUCGUUUUGUGGAUGAUACUCUUGGUGCAUGUUCUGUGAACAUUGGUGAGUUUAGAGGCGGCCAGAGAAACGAUAUGUGGUUGCCUCUUCAGAACAUCAAAAUGGGAAGGCUUCAUCUUGCUAUAACCGUAAUCGAGGACAAUGAAAAGUGGAGUGAGGAUCCCUUCAAAGGAGUGAAGCUAAGCAAGGAAGAAAUGCAAACUUCUUUUGCUUCUGAUACAACAAACAAAGGUUCUUUCACAUCGGUGAGCUCUGAAAAGGCUUCAAGCGUUGCUGAUAACGUUGAGCCGAUCAACAUUAAAGGGCAAGAAGAGACUGGAAUCUGGGUACAAAGGCCAGGACCUGAAGUCUCACAGAUAUGGGAACCGAGGAAAGGCAAGAGCAGACGUGUUGAUAACCAAGUACAAAGAGUUCCCAACAGCGGAUCACCAAACAACGAAACUGGCAGCAGCACCGAUGAGAAUCAAGAGGGUUCAAGAAACCCAAUGAAGUCUGUUGGUAGAGGGCUGAGGAAGAUAGGGUCAGUGUUUAACAGGAACAACAAAAAAGAUGAUUUUUCAAUAGGGAGCAUUGAAGAGGAGUCUCAUUGUCAGUCUCCUCGGAUCAAUGUGAAAGCAAUGAACCAAAAGGAUGUUGGAGUUAAGUACAUAGUCGAUGACAAUCUCUCAGGUCCUCUUUCAGGGAAGAGUGUAGAAAGUGAGAGUCUGAAUGGAGAGGAGAAUCAUGGUAAGGGUCAUAUGAAGGAUGUUGCAAAGAGCUUUCUGAAACAAGCUGAGAAAUCUGCAAAGCAGAUAAAGCAUGUGUUCUCGCUUAAAGGAAUCAAGAAAGCAAGAGAUGGGCAACAAGAGAUCAUUCCUGAGUCUGAUUCUGUAACUGAUUCUGAUUCGUCUUCAGACGAUGAUGAUGAUGAGUACACCUGUGUGCAGAAAGUGGGAACGGUAGCUGGAACACCGAGAGGUCUUACACGCGAUGGGAAUAUUGCUAGAACAGGAGAUGAUGAUCAUGUAGACACGAGUAAGACAUUAGCAGAAGAAGCUAAGGAAGAUCCAAGUGGUGAUACUGCAGACGUUGAAGCUAAAGAGGAGAAUGUAGAGGAAGCAGACUCGGAGACCACAGGUGUGGACGUUGCCAUGAACGCUAAAGCUGAAGAUGAGCAAGUAAAGACGGCUAAGAACAUUGAAGGGGAAGAAAAAGAACUAACAGAAGUAAAACUGUAAAAACACCUUGUGCAUGUUCUUGUUGAUGUAUCUGAACAUAUCUCUGUUUAUUGGUUACGGAACUUAAAACCAAUGGGAGGAUCUUGACUCUGCACAUUGAUUCCCUUCUAAGAGAGAUAAAAGAAGUUUAAUUA